AUGUUAUUAAACUUGAGUGAUGAAUUAAUAUGUAAUAAAAUUAAAAUGUUUAUUUUGAAAAGCUCCAUCUGCGACAAAAAUAACUGUGAUAGAAAUACAAUCUUAUUUUGUAAUAAAUUAAAAAAGUAUAUAAACGACAACAUCGGCGAUUUGGAUGUUAUAUUUCCACGUUCCAGCAAAAAGAUUUUAUGGAAAGAUAUAAAUACUACUAUACAAGAAUUUAAAACAAUUUAUGAUAUUUUUUUUCAAUAA